AUGAGUAAAGGACAACAAGAGGGAGUGAUAGAUGAAGAGAAAGGAGAAAGGGGGAGACGGUGAGGGAGAGAGCGAUAGAGUGAUAGCUGAGUGGCUGUGAAGUAUGUGAGAGAUGGUGAUAUAGUGAGUGAGUGGUUUGGAGGGUUUCAGAUAAGCAGGACAGAGAACAGUGUGAUUCAAGGAGCUGAGACUGCAUUAAUGAACUCUGCUUUAUAAAUCUCUCUCCCUCUCUCUAGCUCCCUUCUGCCACCUCUUUCUCUCCUUCUCUUUCUCCUUCUCUUUAUCCCUCUCCUCCACCUUUCUCUCUCUUUCCCUAUAUCUCUCUGUCUCUCUCAUGGAAACCUUGUUAACUUUCUUUUGCUGUUUCAUGUCUGUGUUGAGUUUCUGCACUUGUGUUGAACUGUCUUACACAAUUGCUAAUUGAUUAAUCAAAUAUUUUCUCUUUCUGUCUCCAUCUCUCUCUCCUAGCGGGGCGUUCUCUGAGGUGGUGUUGGCCCAGGAGAGGUCUACAGGGAAGAUGUUUGCUGUGAAGUGUAUCCCCAAGAAGGCCCUGAAGGGGAAAGAGAGCAGCAUCGAGAACGAGAUCACCGUGCUCCGCAAGUAUGUCUCCCACCUACCUUCUCCUCCCUAACACCUGUUACCCUGGCGACCGAACGGAAACACUGCUGCCCCUCACCACCGCGCAUUACGCUCGCAUCCCUCCCACUACUCCCCAUUCACUGUUGUCUUUAGGUCACGAUCCACAGUCUCACACUGACAAAACAGGAGAUCAAGGUAUGUAGCGACUAUAGAAAACGUCCUCACUGUCUCCUAUUUCUUUGCUUAGUGAUCUUGUCUCCUAAGCACUGAUACUGUACUGAAUGUACCUUCUCAUCUUUUCUCCCAGUGAGGAACACAUAUGAUGUAUUUUACAUGUAUUAUUCAUACAUAUUGUCAGGUACUGUAGCUGAGUAGAGACGUGUAUGAACACACACAUACACCAGGGGAUAAUAUCAAAGAUAUGCAUCUCCACGUUUCUGGAUAAUACAGUAAUCCCUCUCCACAGCUUGGACUCAGCUGUGCUUGUGAGCGUCCACGUGUGUGUAUGUAGUCAGAUAUCACCUUGGAUCUGGCCCAAUGCUCAGUAGUUCCACAAGGUCUCACUCACUCACUUACUCACUCUCUCUCUCUGACAUUCUCUCGCACAACUCACUCAGUCACUCACUGACCGGAAGUAGGUGUCUACAGUAUGUGUUAGUGUUAUUAUUGCAGUAUACCAUGUGUGUUCCCUAGGGACAGGAGAGACACCACUGACCCUGACAAUAUUUAUGGGGGAUAGGAGGUGUUGUCAUGGUGAUCCAGUCAGUGACGGGGUGUGUGGCCUAGCCUCUGACGCGUUCCAUGUUUGUCCUUCGGCUUUCUGCCGCUCAGAAUCUCCUGGCAACCAGCUGAUUGACAGGCUAAUAUGGCCUGCAGAGGUCACAAGACACAGCUUCCCAGGGUCAAUUCUACAUACACAAACAUUGUCAUUCACAUGUACACUAUAUAUACAAAAGUAUGUGGACAUCCCUUCAAAUGAGUGGAUUUGGCUAUUUCAGCCACACCCUUUGCUGACAGGUGUAUAGAAUAAAGCACACAGCCAUGCAAUCUCCAUAGACAAACAUUGGCAGUAGAAUGGCCUUACUGAAGAGCUCAGUGACUUUCAACGUGGCACCGUCAUAGGAUGCCACCUUUCCAACAAGUCAGUUCGUCAAAUUUCUGCCCUGCUAGAGCUGCCCCGGUCAACUGUAUGUGCUGUUAUUGUGAAGUGGAAAUGUCUAGGAGCAACAACGGCUCAGCCACAAAGUGGUAGGCCACACAAGCUCACUGAACGGGACCGCCGAGUGCUGAAGCGCGUAAUAAUCGUCUGUCCUCGGUUGCAACACUCACUACCGAGUUCCAAACUGCCUCUGGAAGCAAUGUCAGCACAAUAACUGUUCGUUGGGAGCUGCAUGAAAUAGGUUUCCAUGGCCGAGCAGCCGCACACAAGCCUAAGAUCACUGUGCGUAAUGCCAAUGGUCGGCUGGAGUGGUGGAAACGCGUUCUCUGGAGUGAUGAAUCACGCUUCACCAUCUGGCAGUCCGACGGACAAAUCUGGGUUUGGUGGAUGCCAGGAGAACGCUACCUCCCCCAAUGCAUAGUACCAACUGUAAAGUUUGAUGGAGGAGGAAUAAUGGUCUGGUGCUGUUUUUCAUGGUUUGGGCUAGGACCCUUAGUUCCAGUGAAGGAAAAUCUUAAUGCUACAGCAUACAAUGGCAUUCUAGAUGAUUCUGUGCUUCCAACUUUGAGGCAACAGUUUGGGGAAGGCCCUUCUUGUUUCAGCGUGAAAAUACCCCUGUGCACAAAGAGCGGUCCAUACAAAAAUGGUUUGUCGAUCAGUGUGGAAGAACUUGACUGGCCUGCACAGAGCCCUGACCUCAACCCCAUCGAACACCUUUGGGAUGAAUUCGAACCCCGACUGCGAGCCAGGCAUAAUUGCCCAACAUCAGUGCCCAACUUCACUAAUGCUCUUGUGGCUGAAUGGAAGCAAGUCCCCGCAGUAAUGUUCCAACAUCUAGUGGAAAGCCUUCCCAGAAGAGUGGAGGCUGUUAUAGCAGCAAAGGGGGGGACCAACUCCAUAUUAAUGCCCAUGAUUUUGGAAGGAAAUGUUCAAAGAGCAGGUGUCCACAUACUUUUGGACAUGUAGUUUAUAUAUAUGUGUAUACACUUCACGUGUGUACACACAUGCAGAAACACACACACGUGCGUAAAGAAUAGAAAACUGCUAGACACACAUUCACAAAGAUAUGAUCACGCUCUCUUUCUCCCUCUCUCCCUCUAUGUGAAGUUAGGGUAUAGUGUCAUGCCACAGUUUCUGCCCACUCUGUCACCUACUAGUUUAUUUGGAUCCUGCAGCUCGACAGGGAUUCACACACACACACCCUUCUCUAAGAGACAGAGAAUCAGUUGUCAAAUACUUUUCCUGCUGUGUGUCUGUGUCAGGCAGUGUGAUAGUGUCACAUUAACUGUGGAAGCAUUUUUCAUAUAAUGACUGGAGACCAGGAAUCAUUUUCUAUCUCUGCUCUUAGGGGUUCAUAUCUGCUUUUACCCUUCCAUUAUCCCAGGGAGAGUUUAAAUAUACAUCAUUAUCUCUGGUGAUCUCACCUCAGCCAUCUCUCCUCAGACUGUCUAUGACUCAUAUCUCUAUGCUCCACUGCUCGCUACGAGCUCAGAGAUCACACACUCUUAAUGUACAGUUGAAGUCGGAAGUUUACAUACACCUUAGCCAAAUACAUUUAAACUCAGUUUUUCACAAUUCUUGACAUUUAAUCCUAGUAAAGAUUCCCUGUCUUAGGUCAGUUAGGAUCACCACUUUAUUUUAAGAAUGUGAAAUGUCAGAAUAAUAGUAGAGAGAGUGAUUUAUUUAAGCUUUUAUUUCUUUCAUCACAUUCCCAGUGGGUCAGAAGUUUACAUACACUCAAUUAGUAUUUGGUAGCAUUGCCUUUAAAUUGUUUAACUUGGGUCAAACUUUUUUGGCCCAUUCCUCCUGACAGAGCUGGUGUAACUGAGUCAGGUUUGUAGGCCUCCUUGCUCGCACACGCUUUUUCAAUUCUGCCCACAAAUUAUCUAUAGGAUUGAGGUCAGGGCUUUGUGACGGCCACUCCAAUACCUUGACUUUGUUGUCCUUAAGCCAUUUUACCACAACUUUGGAAGUAUGCUUGGGGUCAUUGUCCAUUUGGAAGACCCAUUUGCGACCAAGCUUUAACUUCCUGACUGAUGUCUUGAGAUGUUGUUUCAAUAUACAGUGGGGGAAAAAAGUAUUUAGUCAGCCACCAAUUGUGCAAGUUCUCCCACUUAAAAAGAUGAGAGAGGCCUGUAAUUUUCAUCAUAGGUACACGUCAACUAUGACAGACAAAAUGAGAAAAAAAAAUCAAGAAAAUCACAUUGUAGGAUUUUUAAUGAAUUUAUUUGCAAAUUAUGGUGGAAAAUAAGUAUUUGGUCAAUAACAAAAGUUUCUCAAUACUUUGUUAUAUACCCUUUGUUGGCAAUGACACAGGUCAAACGUUUUCUGUAAGUCUUCACAAGGUUUUCACACACUGUUGCUGGUAUUUUGGCCCAUUCCUCCAUGCAGAUCUCCUCUAGAGCAGUGAUGUUUUGGGGCUGUCGCUGGGCAACACGGACUUUCAACUCCCUCCAAAGAUUUUCUAUGGGGUUGAGAUCUGGAGACUGGCUAGGCCACUCCAGGACCUUUAAAUGCUUCUUACGAAGCCACUUGUUCGUUGCCCGGGCGGUGUGUUUGGGAUCAUUGUCAUGCUGAAAGACCCAGCCACGUUUCAUCUUCAAUGCCCUUGCUGAUGGAAGGAGGUUUUCACUCAAAAUCUCACGAUACAUGGCCCCAUUCAUUCUUUCCUUUACACGGAUCAGUCGUCUUGGUCCCUUUGCAGAAAAACAGCCCCAAAGCAUGAUGUUUCCACCCCCAUGCUUCACAGUAGGUAUGGUGUUCUUUGGAUGCAACUCAGCAUUCUUUUUCCUCCAAACACGACGAGUUGAGUUUUUAGCAAAAAGUUCUAUUUUGGUUUCAUCUGACCAUAUGACAUUCUCCCAAUCCUCUUCUGGAUCAUCCAAAUGCACUCUAGCAAACUUCAGACGGGCCUGGACAUGUACUGGCUUAAGCAGGGGGACACGUCUGGCACUGCAGGAUUUGAGUCCCUGGUGGCGUAGUGUGUUACUGAUGGUAGGCUUUGUUACUUUGGUCCCAGCUCUCUGCAGGUCAUUCACUAGGUCCCCCCGUGUGGUUCUGGGAUUUUUGCUCACCGUUCUUGUGAUCAUUUUGACCCCACGGGGUGAGAUCUUGCGUGGAGCCCCAGAUCGAGGGAGAUUAUCAGUGGUCUUGUAUGUCUUCCAUUUCCUAAUAAUUGCUCCCACAGUUGAUUUCUUCAAACCAAGCUGCUUACCUAUUGCAGAUUCCGUCUUCCCAGCCUGGUGCAGGUCUACAAUUUUGUUUCUGGUGUCCUUUGACAUCUCUUUGGUCUUGGCCAUAGUGGAGUUUGGAGUGUGACUGUUUGAGGUUGUGGACAGGUGUCUUUUAUACUGAUAACAAGUUCAAACAGGUGCCAUUAAUACAGGUAACGAGUGGAUGACAGAGGAGCCUCUUAAAGAAGAAGUUACAGGUCUGUGAGAGGCAGAAAUCUUGCUUGUUUGUAGGUGACCAAAUACUUAUUUUCCAACAUAAUUUGCAAAUAAAUUCAUUAAAAAUCCUACAAUGUGAUUUUCUGGAUUUUUUUCUUCUCAAUUUGUCUGUCAUAGUUGACGUGUACCUAUGAUGAAAAUUACAGGCCUCUCUCAUCUUUUUAAGUGGGAGAACUUGCACAAUUGGUGGCUGACAAAUACUUUUUUCCCCCACUGUAUCCACAUAAUUUUCCUUUCUCAUGAUGCCAUCUAUUUUGUGAAGUGCACCAGUCCAUCCUGCAGCAAAGCACCCCCACAGCAUGAUGCUGUCCACCCCCGUGCUUCAUGGUUGGGAUGGUGUGCUUCGGCUUGCAAGCUUCCCCUUUUUCCUCCAAACAUAACGAUGGUCAUUAUGGCCAAACAGUUCUAUUUUUGUUUCAUCAGACCAGAGGACAUUUCUCCAAAAAGUACGAUCUUUGUCCCCAUGUGCAGUUGCAAACCGUAGUCUGGCUUUUUUAUGGCGGUUUGGAGCAGUGGCUUCUUCCUUGCUGAGGCGGCCUUUCAGGUUAUGUCAAUGUAGGACUCGUUUUACUGUGGAUAUAGAUACUUUUGUACCUGUUUCCUCCUCCAUCUUCACAAGGUCCUUUGCUGUUGUUCUGGGAUUGAUUUGCACUUUUCGCACCAAAGUAAGUUCAUCUCUAGGAGACAGAACGCGUCUCCUUCCUGAGCGGUAUAACGACUGCAUGGUCCCAUGGUGUUUAUAUUUGCGUCCUAUUGUUUGUACAGAUGAACGUGGUACCUUCAGGCAUUUGGAAAUUGCUCCCAAGGAUGAACCAGACUUGUGGAGGUCUAACCAUUUUAUUUCUGAGGUCUUGGCUGAUUUCUUUAGAUUUUCCCAUGAUGUCAAGCAAAGAGGCACUGAGUUUGAAGAUAGGCCUUGAAAUACAUCCACAGGUACAACCUCCAAUUGACUCAAAUGAUGUCAAUUAGCCUAUCAGAAGCUUGUAAAGCCAUGACAUCAUUUUCUGGAAUUUUCCAAGCUGUUUAAAGGCCACAGUCAACUUAGUGUAUGUAAACUUCUGACCCGCUGGAAUUGUGAUACAGUGAAUUACAGUGAGGGAAAAAAGUAUUUGAUCACCUGCUGAUUUGUACGUUUUCCAUAAUAGUGUGGACAUCCUUCAAAUGAUGGAUUUGGCAUUUCCCACACCCUUGCUGACGUGUAUAAAAAGCACAGCCUGCAAUCCAUAGAAACUGCUGAAUGGCCUUACUGAAGAGCUCAGUGACUUUCAACGUGGCACCGUCAUAGGAUGCCACCUUUCCAACAAGUCAGUUCGUCAAAUUUCUGCCCUGCUAGAGCUGCCCCGGUCAACUGUAUGUGCUGUUAUUGUGAAGUGGAAAUGUCUAGGAGCAACAACGGCUCAGCCACAAAGUGGUAGGCCACACAAGCUCACUGAACGGGACCGCCGAGUGCUGAAGCGCGUAAAUAAUCGUCUGUCCCUCGGUUGCAACACUCACUACCGAGUUCCAAACUGCCUCUGGAAGCAAUGUCAGCACAAUAACUGUUCGUUGGGAGCUGCAUGAAAUAGGUUUCCAUGGCCGAGCAGCCGCACACAAGCCUAAGAUCACUGUGCGUAAUGCCAAUGGUCGGCUGGAGUGGUGGAAACGCGUUCUCUGGAGUGAUGAAUCACGCUUCACCAUCUGGCAGUCCGACGGACAAAUCUGGGUUUGGUGGAUGCCAGGAGAACGCUACCUCCCCCAAUGCAUAGUACCAACUGUAAAGUUUGAUGGAGGAGGAAUAAUGGUCUGGUGCUGUUUUUCAUGGUUUGGGCUAGGACCCUUAGUUCCAGUGAAGGAAAAUCUUAAUGCUACAGCAUACAAUGGCAUUCUAGAUGAUUCUGUGCUUCCAACUUUGAGGCAAACAGUUUGGGGAAGGCCCUUCUUGUUUCAGCGUGAAAAUACCCCUGUGCACAAAGAGCGGUCCAUACAAAAAUGGUUUGUCGAUCAGUGUGGAAGAACUUGACUGGCCUGCACAGAGCCCUGACCUCAACCCCAUCGAACACCUUUGGGAUGAAUUCGAACCCCGACUGCGAGCCAGGCAUAAUUGCCCAACAUCAGUGCCCAACUUCACUAAUGCUCUUGUGGCUGAAUGGAAGCAAGUCCCCGCAGUAAUGUUCCAACAUCUAGUGGAAAGCCUUCCCAGAAGAGUGGAGGCUGUUAUAGCAGCAAAGGGGGGGACCAACUCCAUAUUAAUGCCCAUGAUUUUGGAAGGAAAUGUUCAAAGAGCAGGUGUCCACAUACUUUUGGACAUGUAGUUUAUAUAUAUGUGUAUACACUUCACGUGUGUACACACAUGCAGAAACACACACACGUGCGUAAAGAAUAGAAAACUGCUAGACACACAUUCACAAAGAUAUGAUCACGCUCUCUUUCUCCCUCUCUCCCUCUAUGUGAAGUUAGGGUAUAGUGUCAUGCCACAGUUUCUGCCCACUCUGUCACCUACUAGUUUAUUUGGAUCCUGCAGCUCGACAGGGAUUCACACACACACACCCUUCUCUAAGAGACAGAGAAUCAGUUGUCAAAUACUUUUCCUGCUGUGUGUCUGUGUCAGGCAGUGUGAUAGUGUCACAUUAACUGUGGAAGCAUUUUUCAUAUAAUGACUGGAGACCAGGAAUCAUUUUCUAUCUCUGCUCUUAGGGGUUCAUAUCUGCUUUUACCCUUCCAUUAUCCCAGGGAGAGUUUAAAUAUACAUCAUUAUCUCUGGUGAUCUCACCUCAGCCAUCUCUCCUCAGACUGUCUAUGACUCAUAUCUCUAUGCUCCACUGCUCGCUACGAGCUCAGAGAUCACACACUCUUAAUGUACAGUUGAAGUCGGAAGUUUACAUACACCUUAGCCAAAUACAUUUAAACUCAGUUUUUCACAAUUCUUGACAUUUAAUCCUAGUAAAGAUUCCCUGUCUUAGGUCAGUUAGGAUCACCACUUUAUUUUAAGAAUGUGAAAUGUCAGAAUAAUAGUAGAGAGAGUGAUUUAUUUAAGCUUUUAUUUCUUUCAUCACAUUCCCAGUGGGUCAGAAGUUUACAUACACUCAAUUAGUAUUUGGUAGCAUUGCCUUUAAAUUGUUUAACUUGGGUCAAACUUUUUUGGCCCAUUCCUCCUGACAGAGCUGGUGUAACUGAGUCAGGUUUGUAGGCCUCCUUGCUCGCACACGCUUUUUCAAUUCUGCCCACAAAUUAUCUAUAGGAUUGAGGUCAGGGCUUUGUGACGGCCACUCCAAUACCUUGACUUUGUUGUCCUUAAGCCAUUUUACCACAACUUUGGAAGUAUGCUUGGGGUCAUUGUCCAUUUGGAAGACCCAUUUGCGACCAAGCUUUAACUUCCUGACUGAUGUCUUGAGAUGUUGUUUCAAUAUACAGUGGGGGAAAAAAAGUAUUUAGUCAGCCACCAAUUGUGCAAGUUCUCCCACUUAAAAAGAUGAGAGAGGCCUGUAAUUUUCAUCAUAGGUACACGUCAACUAUGACAGACAAAAUGAGAAAAAAAAAUCAAGAAAAUCACAUUGUAGGAUUUUUAAUGAAUUUAUUUGCAAAUUAUGGUGGAAAAUAAGUAUUUGGUCAAUAACAAAAGUUUCUCAAUACUUUGUUAUAUACCCUUUGUUGGCAAUGACACAGGUCAAACGUUUUCUGUAAGUCUUCACAAGGUUUUCACACACUGUUGCUGGUAUUUUGGCCCAUUCCUCCAUGCAGAUCUCCUCUAGAGCAGUGAUGUUUUGGGGCUGUCGCUGGGCAACACGGACUUUCAACUCCCUCCAAAGAUUUUCUAUGGGGUUGAGAUCUGGAGACUGGCUAGGCCACUCCAGGACCUUUAAAUGCUUCUUACGAAGCCACUUGUUCGUUGCCCGGGCGGUGUGUUUGGGAUCAUUGUCAUGCUGAAAGACCCAGCCACGUUUCAUCUUCAAUGCCCUUGCUGAUGGAAGGAGGUUUUCACUCAAAAUCUCACGAUACAUGGCCCCAUUCAUUCUUUCCUUUACACGGAUCAGUCGUCUUGGUCCCUUUGCAGAAAAACAGCCCCAAAGCAUGAUGUUUCCACCCCCAUGCUUCACAGUAGGUAUGGUGUUCUUUGGAUGCAACUCAGCAUUCUUUUUCCUCCAAACACGACGAGUUGAGUUUUUAGCAAAAAGUUCUAUUUUGGUUUCAUCUGACCAUAUGACAUUCUCCCAAUCCUCUUCUGGAUCAUCCAAAUGCACUCUAGCAAACUUCAGACGGGCCUGGACAUGUACUGGCUUAAGCAGGGGGACACGUCUGGCACUGCAGGAUUUGAGUCCCUGGUGGCGUAGUGUGUUACUGAUGGUAGGCUUUGUUACUUUGGUCCCAGCUCUCUGCAGGUCAUUCACUAGGUCCCCCCGUGUGGUUCUGGGAUUUUUGCUCACCGUUCUUGUGAUCAUUUUGACCCCACGGGGUGAGAUCUUGCGUGGAGCCCCAGAUCGAGGGAGAUUAUCAGUGGUCUUGUAUGUCUUCCAUUUCCUAAUAAUUGCUCCCACAGUUGAUUUCUUCAAACCAAGCUGCUUACCUAUUGCAGAUUCCGUCUUCCCAGCCUGGUGCAGGUCUACAAUUUUGUUUCUGGUGUCCUUUGACAUCUCUUUGGUCUUGGCCAUAGUGGAGUUUGGAGUGUGACUGUUUGAGGUUGUGGACAGGUGUCUUUUAUACUGAUAACAAGUUCAAACAGGUGCCAUUAAUACAGGUAACGAGUGGAUGACAGAGGAGCCUCUUAAAGAAGAAGUUACAGGUCUGUGAGAGGCAGAAAUCUUGCUUGUUUGUAGGUGACCAAAUACUUAUUUUCCAACAUAAUUUGCAAAUAAAUUCAUUAAAAAUCCUACAAUGUGAUUUUCUGGAUUUUUUUCUUCUCAAUUUGUCUGUCAUAGUUGACGUGUACCUAUGAUGAAAAUUACAGGCCUCUCUCAUCUUUUUAAGUGGGAGAACUUGCACAAUUGGUGGCUGACUAAUACUUUUUUCCCCCACUGUAUCCACAUAAUUUUCCUUUCUCAUGAUGCCAUCUAUUUUGUGAAGUGCACCAGUCCAUCCUGCAGCAAAGCACCCCCACAGCAUGAUGCUGUCACCCCCGUGCUUCAUGGUUGGGAUGGUGUGCUUCGGCUUGCAAGCUUCCCCUUUUUCCUCCAAACAUAACGAUGGUCAUUAUGGCCAAACAGUUCUAUUUUUGUUUCAUCAGACCAGAGGACAUUUCUCCAAAAAGUACGAUCUUUGUCCCCAUGUGCAGUUGCAAACCGUAGUCUGGCUUUUUUAUGGCGGUUUUGGAGCAGUGGCUUCUUCCUUGCUGAGCGGCCUUUCAGGUUAUGUCAAUGUAGGACUCGUUUUACUGUGGAUAUAGAUACUUUUGUACCUGUUUCCUCCAUCUUCACAAGGUCCUUUGCUGUUGUUCUGGGAUUGAUUUGCACUUUUCGCACCAAAGUAAGUUCAUCUCUAGGAGACAGAACGCGUCUCCUUCCUGAGCGGUAUAACGACUGCAUGGUCCCAUGGUGUUUAUAUUUGCGUCCUAUUGUUUGUACAGAUGAACGUGGUACCUUCAGGCAUUUGGAAAUUGCUCCCAAGGAUGAACCAGACUUGUGGAGGUCUACCAUUUUAUUUCUGAGGUCUUGGCUGAUUUCUUUAGAUUUUCCCAUGAUGUCAAGCAAAGAGGCACUGAGUUUGAAGAUAGGCCUUGAAAUACAUCCACAGGUACACCUCCAAUUGACUCAAAUGAUGUCAAUUAGCCUAUCAGAAGCUUGUAAAGCCAUGACAUCAUUUUCUGGAAUUUUCCAAGCUGUUUAAAGGCACAGUCAACUUAGUGUAUGUAAACUUCUGACCCGCUGGAAUUGUGAUACAGUGAAUUACAGUGAGGGAAAAAAGUAUUUGAUCACCUGCUGAUUUUGUACGUUUUCCCACUGACAAAGACAUGAUCAGUCUAUAAUUUUAAUGGUAGGUUUAUUUGAACAGUGAGAGACAGAAUAACAACAACAAAAUCCAGAAAAACGCAUGUCAAAAAUUUUAUAAAUUGAUUUGCAUUUUAAUGAGGGAAAUAAGUAUUUGACCCCUCUGCAAAACAUGACUUAGUACUUGGUGGCAAAACCCUUGUUGGCAAUCACAGAGGUCAGACGUUUCUUGUAGUUGGCCACCAGGUUUGCACACAUCUCAGGAGGGAUUUUGUCCCACUCCUCUUUGCAGAUCUUCUCCAAGUCAUUAAGGUUUCGAGCCUGACGUUUGGCAACUCGAACCUUCAGCUCCCUCCACAGAUUUUCUAUGGGAUUAAGGUCUGGAGACUGGUUGGGCCACUCCAGGACCUUAAUGUGCUUCUUCUUGAGCCACUCCGUUGUUGCCUUGGCCGUGUAUUUUGGGUCAUUGUAAUGCUGGAAUACCCAUCCACAACCCAUUAUCAAUGCCCUGGCUAAGGGAAGGAGGUUCUCACCCAAGAUUUGACGGUACAUGGCCCCGUCCAUCGUCCCUUUGAUGCGGUGAAGUUGUACUGUCCCCUUAGCAGAAAAACACCCCCAAAGCAUAAUGUUUCCACCUUCAUGUUUGACGGUGGCGAUGGUGUUCUUGGGGUCAUAGGCAGCAUUCCUCCUCCUCCAAACACGACGAGUUGAGUUGAUGCCAAAGAGCUCGAUUUUGGUCUCAUCUGACCACAACACUUUCACCCAGUUCUCCUCUGAAUCAUUCAGAUGUUCAUUGGCAAACUUCAGACGGGCCUGUAUAUGUGCUUUCUUGAGCAGGGGGACCUUGCGGGCGCUGCAGGAUUUCAGUCCUUCACUGCGUAGUGUGUUACCAAUUGUUUUCUUGGUGACUAUGGUCCCAGCUGCCUUGAGAUCAUUGACAAGAUCCUCCCGUGUAGUUCUGGGCUGAUUCCUCACCAUUCUCAUGAUCAUUGCAACUCCACGAUGUGAGAUCUUGCAUGGAACCCCAGGCCGAGGGAGAUUGACUGUUCUUUUGUGUUUCUUCCAUUUGCGAAUAAUCGCACCAACUUUUGUCACCUUCUCACCAAGCUGCUUGCCGAUGGUCUUGUAGCCCAUUCCAGUGUAGGUCUACAAUCUUGACCCUGACAUCCUUGGAGAGCUCUUUGGUCUUGGCCAUGGUGGAGAGUUUUUAAUCUGAUUGAUUGAUUGCUUCUGUGGACAGGUGUCUUUUAUACAGAUAACAAACUGAGAUUAGGAGCACUCCCUUUAAGAGUGUGCUCCUAAUCUCAGCUCGUUACCUGUAUAAAAGACACCUGGGAGCCAGAUAACUUUCUGAUUGAGAGGGGGUCAAAUACUUAUUUCCCUCAUUAAAAUGCAAAUCAAUUUAUAAAAUUUUUGACAUGCGUUUUUCUGGAUUUUUUUGUUGUUAUUCUGUCUCUCACUGUUCAAAUAAACCUACCAUUAAAAUUAUAGACUGUGAUCAUUUCUUUGUCAGUGGGCAAAUGUACAAAAUCAGCAGGGGAUCAAAUGUUUUUUUCCCUCACUGUAUAAGUGAAAUAAUCUGUCUGUAAACAAUUGUUGGAAAAAUUACUUGUGUCAUGCACAAAGUAGAUGUUCUAAACGACUUGCCAAAACGAUAGUUUGUUAACGAAAUUUGUGGAGUUGUUGAAAAACGAGUUUUAAUGACUCCAACUUCCGACUUCAACUGUAUUUACUGAACUCCCCACCUGCUCACGCUUCGUGUGUGUGUCAGGUGUGUACACUAUUAUUCCCCCUUGCAAUAACAUCAUCCGCAAACGGGUCAUGUGGUACAGACCACCACCACAGUACAAGCAUGUGUACACAUUAUACACUUUCACCAUGGAGCCGUUACCAUGGCGCAGAGAGAGAGAGCGAGCUCAUGUUUAGUAAGUGUUUGAGAUGACUCUAGAGCUGAGGUAAAGGGGGUGUAGAUGGGGUUGAGACAGUCUGGGAUCUGAUCAUCUGUUUAAAGGGUUAGAGUUAUACAUGACUAACAUUGUCUCUUGUUUUCUCUCCCAACAGAAUCAAGCAUGAGAACAUAGUAGCUUUGGAAGACAUCUAUGAGAGUUCCAACCACCUCUACCUGAUCAUGCAGCUGUAAGUUCUCUCUCUCUCGCUCUCUGUCUGUCUCUCUCUCCCCUUCUAGUUCUUAUGAUCUCUCCUUAUCACUCUCUCUCCUUCUCUGUCUCUUUCUCUGUCUCUCUCUCUCUGUCUCUGUCACUGACCUGUCGUACCCUCAGACUGACUCUAUAUUCAGCACCUAGGAAUGGGGCAGGGGUGACGGUUUUAGCUUACACACACACACACACACUUUAUAAGCCCUCAUUACUCCAAUUAUACUUCCAUUAAGACGGGCGACAGGAGAGGGAAUGGGACCUGGCUCGUAGCGCUCAGCUAACGUUUACAUAACGUUACUCUAACGUUACAGCAAAGCUAACGUGCCACUAUGCACUCCUGGCUACAUUAAUCAGCUUGAGUUAUAUCAGUCUGUAGAGGAGGGCGUGUGAGUUAUGGAUUAAAGUGUGUUGUGAGUUAUGUAAGUGUGUGUGUGUGUGUGUGUGUGUGUGCAGGAAAGUAGAGCAGUUUUAACUUUGAUCAUUUCAUUUUGUUUAUUGCUGAGUCACGGCCCACUUAAUGUUAUUAGUUUCAGUGCUAACAGGCUGUCGAAUUGAGAACAGAGGAGAAAAACAUCCACCCAUCAGAACCGUCUUUCACUUCACUCUUCUUCCAGUCUUCUGCCUCUCUCACCCUCCCUCGUCUGUCUCUCUUCUCCUUUCUUUCUCCUCGUCUUUUCUCCUUUCUUUCUUCUCACCCCUGUUUCCUCCCCCCCUCACACCUCAUCUGUCCUCCCUCCUCUCACCUUUUCCCCUUACCUCUCCCCUCACCUGCAGCAGGCAUGAAAUUAUUCUCCCCUGUCUCCUCUGCAGCAAGGCACCAUCUCAUAUCAGGCUCUGUUACCACGGAUACAGAGGUGAAAGGUCACCACUCCACUUAUGACAGGGCUUAACUUGGUAGCAGCAGGAAUAACACCUCAGCAGGUGCAAAUCUCAGUACUCAUCUGUGCUCUGAGUCGGUACCUAUCUGAGUCACCUCAGAGUAGGAACGCUGGACCAGGUCUCUCAUCUUUACCAGCCCCCUGUGAUCCUGCCUGGGUAUGAAUCAUCCUCAGAGGUUGACAGGUGUGGUCUGAGUUUGACACGUCGGGUUUGAUUUUGACGUCAUGUCUGAUCUAGCUGUGAUUAGUUAGUUGGGUCUGGUGUGAUGCUUCCAUCUCUGUUUGGAUAAAGAUCUGCUGUCUACAGUAAUCUACAACCAUGUCAUCACCACAUGGCUGAUGCAUCCAAUCCUGUUCAAAUUAAUGAGAGAGAGAGCGAGAUGGAUGGAGAGGGAAAGGUAUGGGAGGCAGAUGAAAGUGUGAUGGAGAGAGGGAAGAAGAGAGAAGGGGGGGAGAAAGAGAGUGAGAAUAUUGGAUGCAGAAUAUACUCAGUGGAUCAAUGUAUCAAGGAGAUUGCUUUGGGGUGAAUUUGGUAUCUGAGUGAAGCCAAGAACAGGAGGGGAUGAGGGAGACCGAGAAAAAGCAAGCAGGCAGAAAACAAAGAGCAGGAAAACAAAUCUAGAGUGGCUAAGAGUAGAGCAUUGCUUGAAACUUUUCCACUCAGUCAGUGGCUAUUUAAUGAAUAAGGUGUGGUGUGUUGUUUUACAGAAAAUACAAACACAGGUAUGUUUUUUCUCUUUUCUCCCCAACAACACUGAGACCAUGUGAGUUAAGCAAACCCAACAGUUGUACAGUCAGAUGUGUUCUGCAGAAGCAGCAGGUGGCUGUUCCAAUAGCUUCAUACCACUACCUUACUGUAGGAAACACUACAGCAGGGGUCAGCAACAGGCGGCCCGCGGGAUUUUAGUUAUUCCCACGAAUAAAAAAAGAGACGUGAUUGUGUCUCAAUGUAGUCAAGGUAUGAAAUUAUUGUUAUUUUAAAAUAACAAUCUCUUUUUGGGCUAAGUUGGGGUCAAUUUGCAGUCUAUACAUUUUUAUACUUAUGUUCCGGCCCCUCGGCCAUCCUCUAGUUGCCUACCCCUGCACUGCAGUGUUUGGCACUGCUGAGCCAUACAACUACACAGGAGCACACAGGGCCACUGUACAGCUCAGAUUACACUCAGAUAAAGGGACAACUUGAUACUGUUCUGACAGAGAGAUAGGGGGGGAUGAAGGAUGGGAAAGGGACAGAGAAAACAAGAAAGAGACUGGAGAGAGUGAGACCGAAUGGAAAGACAAUAGAGGGUGUAUGAGUGUAUGUGUGCACAAUUAGUGUGUGUGUGUGCCUGCAGUAUGGUGUGUGUGUAUUGAAAGGGAAGUAGAUUUGGCUCCUGUCUGAUUGCCAUGGUCUCCCUACGCAAAUGGUUACGCAACCCUGCAGGCUGGUGGCCCAUCUCCUCUGUCACUACCACACCGUUAUGUCCAGCCAACGUGUGUGUGUUUUCAGCUAAGCCUUUUGCUUGUCAUUUCCUGCCACGCUCGUCUCGGCUGGAAAAUUUAACAAGUCACUGUCGGCAGAGAAGAGAGAGAGAGAAGAGAAAGGGCAAGAGAGAGUGGAGCGGAUUAGCAAUUCAUUUCUUAUCUCCUUUUUUCAGAAACCUCAUUAGAAUGUAACUUUCUUCCAGCUCUUAUUUGAUCUGUCACUGUGAUGAUGCCCCCCAGAUUCACACUCUCCGCCAGUGUGUGUGUGUGUGUGUGUGUGUGUGUGUGCGCAUGUGUUUUUUUGUUUGUUUGUGUUAGAGUGAGGGAUGAAUAUUCAUCCAAUGCAAAUAUGUGCAGUUUUAGAGAGACCCUAUGCUCAUUCUCCAUCAAUCUCCCUCAGUGCAGUAACGAGAGGUGCAGUGAAACUGGUCGAUCUUCUGUGGUAUAGGUUGCUAUUUUAUACUGACAGUUAUGUCUGUAUCUUAAGGUGGUUAAGGUUAGAAUUGUGAUUGAUUAAGCUUCAGAGAGUAGCUAGAAGACAAAAAGAGAGGUCUAGUUGAGGCUGUUUUAGGUUCAGUGUGUGGGUGAAUAGGAAUACCAGUAAUGAUCAUGGUUACAGCGCCCCCAUGGGGAUCAGAGGAGAGGAGCAGCCCCUCAGGCUCCUGCCGCACCAUCUGUCAACUCCUUACUGAGAAAGAAGGUACAGUACAUCUGCCUCCCAAACGCCAUACACAGGGACAGAGAGAGAGAUACACUUUAUUGGGUCAAUAUGAAAGCACAGUGGAUCAAAACAGUACUUGUUGUCACUGCUGAUUCCUGGUAGCCCUUUGCGUGACAUGACAUGGCAUUCUAUUGAAGGUCAGCUGUCUGUUUAUCAAUAGACAGCUGAUAGAUAGAGAGACAAUAGAAUCAGUGGAUGGUGUCAAUACAGGAACCAGGAGAGGGAGCUGUGUACCUGUGGAACUGCACAAUUCCCUUCCUCCAUUUUUUCCAUAUUGUGCUUGUCAAUACCAACAGAGGCUGUCAUAAGAGACAGAUUCUACCUCUUUAAUCCUCUUACUGUACAUACUUGACAAUUGAAUUCCUCUCUUGGUUCUAAAGCAUGUUAAACCUAAUAUAGAGUCAUUUUACUUCAAUUGAACUUUUAUAUCCCUCCCUUCCUCCCUCUGAACUAGUCUUUAAGGACUAUGGCACUGUUAGAGAUGUGGUUGGCUACUCCCUCUUGUGGUGGAAUGUGACAGAAAGAUACUUUACCUCUACGGUCAGCCAGAGACCUACAGUAUUUACAUAGGUUUUCUGCAGUGCCACACAUACAGCUGAGUGCCACUAAGCUAAUGACCAGUGCACUGAGCUGUUCUGCUAGUGGCAGACCGAGGAUCAGUUUACCCUCUCCAUAACCAUAAGGGACAGACAGACAGACAGACUGCAAAUCUGUCCUUAGAUCAGUGCUUAGCAGCCAUCUAUACUGCCCUGUGCCAGCUAGCUGUAGAGGACUGAGGAAAGUUAUGGGAUGUUCAGCUCCUGCCCUGUGGCUGUUCUGACACUUUAAAAAGCCCAUAAUCUGGCUAAGAGUCUUAAAACAAACCUGUAAAACAGCAAGGGCACCGUCUGACACACAAACACUCUGAAGCUUAACUAUCCUCCACUGUGUGACUCUAUGGCCCGAGAAAAAUGAGGCACCUUUUUCUCUGUUUCUUUGUUUAGAUUUUGUAUCCCUCCCAUCUCCUGUCCUGUCUCUCUCUGCUACAGUUCUCCCUAUACUGUUAAUUUUAGACUGUAUGGUGUACUUUGAUUGAUGGUGAUAGUAUGGAGCAUGUAGGGUUAAGUUUAGUGGAGCAGAGGGUUGGAAUGGGUCAAAGCACACCCCCACUGUGGUGUAAACACACGCACACAUGGUUGAAUGGAGGCAGAUUCGUAUAGCUCAUAAAUGAAGUCACAGUGGAUCUGUCUCAUAUGAUAACAGGCUCCCUCCAGAUGUGUGUCUGCGUGUGUGCACAUCUGUUUUACUUACCUCUUUUACUGAGCCCCUCUCUCUGUCUGUCUAUGUCUACAGAGUGUCGGGAGGUGAGUUGUUUGACCGUAUCGUGGAGAAGGGGUUCUACACAGAGAAAGAUGCCAGUACGCUCAUCAGACAGGUGCUAGACGCUGUCGACUACCUCCACAAGUUGGGCAUCGUCCACAGAGACCUGAAGGUGAUGGUGACACACACACGCUCGCACUCACACUCUCACACACACACACACACACACACACACACACUGAAACACACACACAAAAACCCUGUCUACUCCCACCUGCAUCUCGACAUGAGCGGAUCACUUGUGUUUUAUGGACCAUGAUUCAUUGCGGUGGUGAGGUGCAGCACGCGUUUGUGAUUUAGGCCGCUCAGCGGGUCACAACACGCAGUGGCUUCUGGGAAAUAUACCACAGAGCGGAAUCCCCUGAGGGAGAGGAGUACGGCCUCAUAAAACAGACAGCAACAUAACUGUAUUGUGUGGAGGGUCAUAGACUGCCUUUAACAAAUGAUUACAGUUUUAUAUCUACAGGAUGUUCAGGGUAUGUAAGUAGAGAGAUCAAAGGAUGGGAGAGCUCCGUUUGUGAUUAACACACUCACUCUAUCUCUCCAUCUAUCACUCCAUCUCUCUCUCUCUCCAGCCAGAGAACCUGCUGUAUUUUAACCCCCAGGACGAGUCUAAGAUCAUGAUCAGUGACUUUGGUCUGUCCAAGAUGGAGGGCAGCGGGGAUGUCAUGUCUACCGCGUGCGGCACGCCGGGAUACGUGGGUAAGAGAUGCCUCCCCCACCCCAUAACCUUAAAUGUCCCUACUUAUAAGUUAAUGCCACUGUUGUUAAUAUACCUUGUGUCAUCAGCUACAUAAAUGUUAAUACUGGAAAGUAAAUGAAUGCCUUUUGGGUUUUAAUGCUACCAUCCUUUCCAGAAGUUGUGUGCUACAUUGUCUGAGUGUUCACUCUUACUUACUGAGUGUGAUGCUAUCACUGUGUUUUACAUAAAUGACACAACUGCAUAAUACAGUAUACUAUAGGUAAAAUCACACUGCUUUAAUUAUGUGUCUGCAAUGGGGGAGAGCACAUCUGUGUGCAGCUCACACACACAGACAUCCUGCCUCUGGAGUAAAAAGGCCUUAUCACACGCUGACAGACCCUGCCCCCAGUCGCCUGCUUUCCCCUUUUUAACAGAGCGACUGAGUCAGACAGCCAAGAUGCCGGGGCGCUCUACUGCAGUGCACUACGCGCCAGAGGGCUGUCAUCUCUGUGCCACACAUGGGGAUUUAUAUACUUGUGUGUGUGUGUUUGUUUGUUUGUGUACGUGUGUCUGUUUGUUUGUCUGUCUGUCUCGGCAGAGUGUGUGUGAGAGACAGAUGUUUUACAUUGAUUCCAUGACAGAUCCUUUCAUGUUGACGUGUAGGUUGGUGCCUCUGGUAGUCCGACACACUGAAGACUCAUCAUGUUGACAUCUUUUAGCUGCUGGCUCCUAUCCAUGCACCUACAUUGACAUGCAAGUCAGUUAGCAGACACUUGUUUAAGCUUAUCCAUAGGGAACUAUAGUCAGUGUGUAGGCUACAGUAGGGAAGCUAAACAACACCUUACAAGUUAAUGACAUUGGAACUGUCCCAUCCACGUGACAUUGGAACUGUCCCAUCCACAUGACAUUGGAACUGUCCCAUCCACAUGACAUUGGAACUGUCCCAUCCACAUGACAUUGGAACUGUCCCAUCCACAUGACAUUGGAACUGUCCCAUCCACGUGACAUUGGAACUGUCCCAUCCACGUGACAUUGGAACUGUCCCAUCCACGUGACAUUGGAACUGUCCCAUCCACGUGACAUUGGAUCUGUCCCAUCCACGUGACAUUGAAACUGUCCCAUCCACAUGACAUUGAAACUGUCCCAUCCACAUAAUAAUAAUGAUAUGCCAUUUAGCAGACGCUUUUAUCCAAAGCGACUUACAGUCAUGUGCGCAUACAUUUUUACGUAUGGGUGGUCCCGGGGAUCGAACCCACUACCCUGGCUUUACAAGCGCCAUGCUCUACCAAUUGAGCUACAGAGGACCACCACAUGACAUUGAAACUGUCCCAUCCACAUGACAUUGAAACUGUCCCAUCCACAUGACAUUGGAACUGUCCCAUCCACAUGACCUUGCCUUAAAAUGGUCAGACCCUCCUUCAUUCUCCCUUCUCAUCCCUCUAUCCCACAAUCUCUUUAGAUGAGGCCACUGCAGUUUUUGUCCCUCUCUCCCUCCCUCCCCAUCUGCUGUGGGCUGCUGUAGGGCUUUUCCAUUCUAAAAGGCUGUAAUAUGAGGGUUGCUGCAUUAGAAAUGCUGAUAAAUAUAGCUGGUCCUGGAUGAUGGCAUUGAGAAGCCUGCAUUCCUGAGGUAUUAAUAGCCCAGGGUUAGCGCCUGGGAUG